CGCGCUAAGGCGGCAUCGCUGUUUCCCCGCAUUCUCCAGGAAACAAAGCAGCAGCAGCAGCAGCCCAUGCAUCCCAUGCAUCCUCAAUCCAUCUUCCAUCCCAUCCCAUCCCAUUCCACAUCCAGUCCACCCUCUAUCAACCAACUACCUCUAGUCAGCACGCCGCCCUCUUCGCCACGUCGAAUCAUACCAGUCCGCCGUUGCUUAGCUUGAGCUUGACCUGGCUACAGCUCCCUCGAUGCCUCCAGCAGGACGCCAUGUCCCCCAGCUUGCUUGCUUGCUUGCUUGCUCAUACCCGAGCCCACCAACUUGAACACUCCCGGUUGCUAUCAAACGUCGUUCCGAAAGAGCCACAUUGCACAUACAUGACAACCUUCAGACGUCCCAUCAUCACCCAACAGGUCACCCCAUGGAUUGAUGCCGCCGAGGCCGUCCCACUCGGGCUGCACUAG